CCCUUCUUUGUUUACUAAGGAAAGCGCCUUGCCCAGGUUGUUCAUUGUUGGCUGAAAUUAACAACAGGUGGUGAACAGAGCCCCUCCUAAAGGUUGCUCAGGAUAAGUCAUUUGUUAAAUAGGUCUGUUUGUCAGGCGGGCUCUCCGAAGGAAGCCAGGGCCUCUAACCCCCUGGGGUUGAGUUCUUCAGCCAGGUUGCACCUGCACAGGGAACAUGGCCACAGCGGCACUCAACUGAGGAAUCAGGCCAGGUGGUUAGAAAGCCAUGCGUUCUGCGUUUGUCUGGAAUGGAUCGUGGAGAGAUGGACUUAUAUGAGGACUACCAGUCCCCGUUUGAUUUUGAUACAGGAGUGAACAAAAGCUAUCUCUACUUGUCUCCUAGUGGAAAUUCAUCUCCACCUGGAUCACCUACUCUGCAGAAAUUUGGUCUGCUGAGAAAUUUCGCUCCAGCAUCUGGCCGCAAGCAGCCGCCCAAAGCACCCUUAUCAGUAAUGCUGCUGAAGGCUGCAACUUCUCUGCGUGGUACCCCUACCCCCGGCCCCGUAGAAGAAGAAAUCCAGACUCUGUCUCAAGUGUUAGCAGCAAAAGAGAAGCACCUAGCAGAGAUCAAGCGGAAACUUGGAAUCAGUUCACUGCAGGAACUAAAACAGAACAUUGCCAAAGGGUGGCAAGAUGUGACAGCAACUUCUGCAUACAAGAAGACAUCUGAAACCUUGACUCAGGCCGGACAGAAGGCUUCAGCUGCUUUCUCAUCUGUUGGCUCCGUCAUCACCAAAAAGCUGGAAGAUGUAAAAUUGCAAGCCUUUUCACAUUCCUUUAGUAUACGCUCCAUUCAACAUUCAAUUAGCAUGCCUGCUAUGAGAAACUCCCCAACUUUCAAAUCCUUUGAAGAAAAGGUUGAAAACUUAAAGUCCAAAGUAGGGGGAACCAAGCCUGCAGGCGGUGAUUUUGGAGAAGUCUUGAAUUCAACUGCAAAUGCUAGUGCCACCGCCACGGAGCCUCUUCCAGAACCCACACAGGAGAGCCUGUGAGAUUCCUACCUUUGUUCUGCUACCCACUGCCAGAUGCUGCAAGCAAGAUCCAAGCACAUCUUGUCAACAUUCAUUGUCAUGAAUUUCUACCAGAUGUGCUUUUAUUUAGCUUUACAUAUUCCUUUGACCAAAUAGUUUGUGGGUUAAACAAAAUGAAAAUAUCUUCACCUCUAUUCCUAGGAAACACCCUUUAAUGUGUAUUUAAGGCCCUUUAUUUAGGAAACACCAUUAUUAAAAACACUUAUAGUACCUGGGGACACUCACUAGAAGGAUCUAAGAAGCUGCAGGUUGUCAUAGUCACUUUCUUACUUUGCAAAAUUGCUCUAGAUGUGGGAUGCCAGUUUGGCUUCUACAAGAUUUCCUUUUCUCUUUGAAUCUCUGUAUAUUUGAUUCCUAAUUAAAAUUGUUCUUUAACAUUUUCUGAUUCCUAGUUAUUAAAAGUUUGCGUAUAUUUUCUUUACCUUUAAGGGAAGAGCUACCAGCUACAAAUAGGUAUUUUGGAAUAAACACUGUUUUGGUACAAGGUACACAUCUUGGGUAUCUGAAGACACCAGAUUAGCAUAAACAGCUCUCCAUCUAAUUUGUUACAGUUUUGUAAGUGACAAUGUGUACAAUAAUCAAACUUGUAGGUGAUGAGAGUAGAACUCCUCUCCCCUCCAUCCUUGUCUCCAUUUAUGACAGUAACCAUUUCAGUGUACUGGUUACUAUGUCACUCAUAUCAACUAAUUUUUUACCAGGUUAAAAUUCUAGUUUGAGUAAAUUGACAAAAUAACAUUCUGAAUCGAGCAUAUUGUAUUAUCAGUAGGUUAAAAUAUAAGCAUUCUUGUCAAUUCAAACUGAAAGUCUUUUAGAUCUAGAUUGCUGUAAAAACACCAAAAUCAAUCACAUUAGGUGAAACAUUGUUGUCUUCAUUUAAUCCAUUUAGCACCAUUUAAAAUAAGCACACAGAGUUAUAAGACUAAUAUAACUUGAGCAUUUUUUGUACUAAGGGGUUGGUGAUAACUCCUGAGGUUGUAAAGCAUUAAUAAAAAUCAACUCAUCAUUUUUCUACUUAGUUUGUUUUCAAUGUGUUAGAAGUUGUAAAAGGAUACUGUAGACACUGCCUCUUUUUUUUUGAGAACUGAGCGUUGGGGCUGAGUGAAUCAUGGCCUCUGGACGAAUUUGCAGAGGCCAAGGUACUCAAUUCUAAUAACUACUUACACAUCACCACCACUUUUGCUUUAUGCUGUAUAUGUUUAUGGCCUACAAUGUUGUAUUUGUUAUUUAUCAAGUUGUGGUUGUUUUAUUGUCUAUGCCAAAUGUUAACUGCCAAGCUUGGAGUGACCUAAAGCAUUUUUUAAAAGCAUGGCUAGAUUUACUUCAGGAUAAAUUAUCUUAUGAAAACCAAAUUUGAAAAGCCACAAGUGUUGAUUGUUAUGAAAUAACAUGUUGCCAUUCUUGAUUGCUAGAGCUUUUUUGUUAGCAUUUUGGAUGCAAUUAAAACUAUGCUCUAUUACAUGUGAAAAGCUUAGUAAAUUCUGUAUAUCAAUA